UUUAAAAUGGCGACGACAGGGAGAGGUAUUAUCCUGAGCGGGAAAUUGAAAAAGAAAACUGAUCGCAGUCGACGUGAUGUUAAUUCACCAAGGUGUCAGCCAUACAAGGUUAUACGUCGAGAUGCAUGUCGAGUAUAUGAUCGGAUUUACGCAGCUAUAUAUGGUCAAUGCGUUGGAGAUGCCCUGGGAUUAUUGACAGAAACUCAAUCUAAAGAAGAGGCUAAAAAGCUAUAUGGGCCUGUGUGCAACAAGUUCCAGCUAGUCCACAAGAAAAUGUUGGCAGAUGCACAUCGUCGCAAGUGGGAUGUGUAUGACUGGACAGACGAGACAGAUCACAUGAUCCUCCUCAUUCAGUCCCUGGUGGAGAACAAGGGGCAGGUGGUGCCCGAGGACAUAGCCAAGCGGUUGAUGGAAUGGUUGGAGCGUGGCUUCCCGGAGCUGGGAGAUGUGUGUGGCCCUGGGUUGUGUAGCUUCACCAAGAAUGUUGUCAACCAUCCACAGUUCUCAGAGGCACCUGACAAGGCAGCUGAGAUUGUGUGGCGAGACUGUCGCAGUCUGAGAGCCACCAACUGUGCCCUGGCCCGCGCCCCCAUGUCUGGAAUACAUUACUACCAUGUGCUGGGCAAGGUGAUCAAGAACUCCCUGGAUAUAUGCUCCAUCACGCAUGUGGAUCCCAGCUGUCAAGCCUCAUGUGUUGCUGUGGCAACUGUCAUGUCGGCUCUGCUACAGAAAGAUGAGAAACACUUGAAGAAGACUGGAGACUAUGAUAUAGAUUCUAUAAUUGAGGAGGCCUUCUCCUAUGGCUGUCGGUGUAUGCUGGGGCAGCCUUAUUCUGACAUUAAGGAGUUCAAGAAGAUCCUGUACACAACAUCGCUAAAAGAUCUGAAGCUGGAUGAGAGAGGCAAGAUCAAUCACACUUACAAGACCCUUGGAGCUGGGUUCUGGGCUCUUAAACAGAAGGACUUCCGUACUGCUAUACGAGACAUUGUCAUGGAGGGUGGAGAUGCUGAUGCUAAUGCAUCUCUGGCGGGGGCCUUCCUGGGAUGUAAGCUGGGACUCGACGCGAUCCCCACCACCUGGAUCCAGGACCUCAAGCACCGGCGCUGGCUGGACAAAGUGAUAGACAGUUACUUCAACAUCAUGGAGAAAGGGAAGUUUCACCCCAAGAUUGAGACUACAGUAUAGCAGAGGAGGGGUGAAAGAAGCUGCCUUAGUAUUCCCAUUACUGCUCAAUAUGUGCCAUGACAGGCUUAGUCUCUGGAGGGGGCACGGGUGGCCCAGUCGUCUAAGGCGCCGUGAUUCGCUGUGCAGAGUUGCGUCCCUUGGGCACGCCAGAAACCUAUGAUUGUGGGUUCGAAUCCCGGUUCGCCCUGA